AUGAAAAAUUUUUUGGCAAUUGCAUUACUUAUCCUUUGUAUCACAGCUAAAAAGCAUCACAAACCAGCAACAGGAGAAGAGGUAUAAACAAAUCCAAUGAGAUAAUGUCUUUAUGAUAAAUGUGGGGAUCAUGCAAUUAACUGCAUGUAAGAUGAUGCUUGUAAUGAAACAUUCGAUAUUUGUAUUAAAACUCACGGACCUGAUAUGAAAAUCGACCUAGUAAUUAUUAUUAUAAUAUUCUUAGUUUGUUGAAUGUACUGCAAAUAAUAAAGUUGCAUCUGCAUUUGUUGAUUGUAUGAAAACCAAUUGCCUUAGUUUCGCACCAAUAAUGAGAUUUUUUAACAAGAGAAAAUGAACAUUGAGA